CAAUAGAUUAUUUUUUAUUUAAAAAUUUAUUUUAAAAUUUCGCCUGUGUGUUAAUUUCGGUUCUCUAGAAAAUAUGCAAAAAAGUUAAAGUUAAUUAAUGCAAAAAAAAUAAUAAUAAUUCAAGAAAAAAAAAGUUUAUUAUUAAGUGUCAAAAUAAUUUUCUAAAAGAACUUAAAGUGAAAAAAGUUCAAUAUAUAAUGUAAAAAGAAAUGAGAGUGAAAUCGUACACAUUUUGUCAGUGAAAUUGAAUAAAAAAUGAGUCAGAUUGAUCGACUGAAUGUAAAUUGUUCGUUUUUGCAUGCAAUUAAUCAAUUGUGUCAUUACUUAUGCAAAAAUUAAUUAAUUUAAAUCAUUUAUGAUUAGUGAAGUAGAGUGAAAAUUGAAAUUUCUUCACUCGCACGCAACUUAUUUGUGUUUUGUAAGAUUUUAAUCUUGCGGAAAGGAAAAGAACUUCAAAUAUUGUAUUUGUGACAUAAAAGUGAAAAUUUUCUAUUGAAAUGGAUAUGCUUAAGUUACUUUAUCUUUGCAUCAUGGUACUGUAUGUCCAUGCCGAUGCCGAAAAGCAGUCAAAACAAAAUCGUGGACGUGGAUCAAUAUGGUGGGGAAUAGCAAAAGCCGGUGAACCAAAUAAUAUUUCUCCAGUAACACCUACACAUAUUUAUAUGGAUCCUGCAAUUCAUGCAACAUUAAGACGAAAACAACGAAGAUUGGCACGAGAAAAUCCAGGAGUACUGGCGGCAAUUGCAAAGGGUGCAAAUAUGGCAAUAUCAGAAUGUCAACAUCAAUUCCGUAACCGUCGAUGGAAUUGCACAACGCGAAAUUUCCUACAGCGUGGCAAAAAUCUCUUUGGCAAAAUUGUCGAUCGUGGUUGUCGAGAGACUGCAUUCAUUUAUGCUAUGACAAGUGCGGCAGUUACACAUUCCAUCGCACGAGCAUGCAGUGAAGGAUCUAUUGAGUCAUGCACUUGCGAUUGGUCUCAUCAGAAUGAACCACCACAAGCCAGCAAAUCUGAAUCAGUUUCUGAUGUUAGACAAUGGGAAUGGGGUGGAUGUUCUGACAACAUUGUUUUUGGCUAUAAACUCGCAAGAGAAUUUGUCGACACAGGCGAACGAGGACGCUCAUUGCGUGAGAAAAUGAACUUACACAAUAAUGAAGCAGGCCGUGUGCACGUGCAAGCUGAAAUGCGUGAAGAAUGUAAAUGUCAUGGCAUGUCUGGAUCUUGUUCUGUAAAAACUUGUUGGAUGCGCUUACCAAAUUUUCGAGUCAUAGGAGAUUCAUUGAAGGAUCGUUUUGAUGCAGCGACAAAAAUUCAAGCUAAUAAUAAUGUUAGAAAUAAUAACAAUGAAAAUCAAAUUAUGAGAAAUAACAGAAGGGGUAACAAAAAUGCUAAUUCAAACAGUGCACGUGAAACAAAUUCUGUACAUGGACGGGGACACAAUCAAAGAAAACAAAAUAGAUAUAGAUUUUCACUUAAACCCUUCAAUGCAGACCAUAAACCACCAACAACAAAAGAUCUUGUAUACUUUGAACAAUCUCCCGGAUUUUGUGAAAAAAAUCUUCGUUUGGGAAUAUUAGGAACACAUGGACGACAAUGUAAUGAUACUUCAAUAGGCGUAGAUGGCUGUGACAUUCUGUGCUGUGGCCGAGGUUAUAGAACACAAGAAGUUACAGUAAUCGAGCGAUGUGCGUGUACAUUCCAUUGGUGUUGCGAGGUAAAGUGUAAGAAAUGUAUAACAAAGAAAACCAUUCAUACAUGUCUCUAGGCGACUUUAUAAUGUCUUUCUUAAAGAAGACAAUUUUAAAGUAAAAUAAUGAAAAAAAGAGUUUUUAUAAUCUUUAAGAAUAUAAACAAAUAACGCUUGUAUUUUUACUGUAAAUUAAUUUUUAUUGCUAGUAUGUUUAUUAAUUUUUAUGACAAAAAAAUCAAAAAAAUUCUAGACAGAAUUUGACAGAAAAAUUGUUGACAUUUUUCAAAUAAUGUAAAUAUAUUAAGCUUGUAGAAAGAAUUAUAAAAAUUUAAAUGAAAGAUUGAAAGAAAUUCAAAAAAAAGAAAAGUUUAGAUUAAAUUGUAAGGAAGCCAAAAAAUCGAGUCGCUAAAUUUAUUGCCUUAACAUAAGAAUAUUUUCCUUCUACUUAUAAACUUUAAUCUAUCUCAUUCUAUUUUUAAAUUAAUACUUAAUAAACUAAUUACAGUAUUAAGCAACAAACUAAGGCCCAGUUUAUUUAAAAUAAUAUAUUGUGAAAAAUGUUGUACAUAUCAGACGAUAUCAAACGAUUUGUAAUAUUAUACGUAUAAGAAUAUUAGGAAAAAUUCAAAAUUGAUGAAGUUUUGACAAGUUCUGAAUUAAACGUUAAAACAAAAUUAAAGAUCAGAAAAAAGGUCAAUCAAUAUAGGAAAUUUUUAAUUCUAUUCUCCAAGUAAGUUGUGUUUCU